AUGGCGCCUCUCCUGCCUCCUCCCAUGGCCUCCUGGGCGGAGUCCGUGCUGGGUGGGUGCAUUUACUACAAAACCGUUCCGUUGGAGGGCGAUCACGACGGACGAUUGGUAAAAUCGAAGGGAAUCCUCGGAAAGUCAUUCACGGGCUCCGUCCUCGCGUCACGCAUGUUGAUUUGUGCAGGUUUCCUACGAGCUCCCCAAAUUCAAUACGUCGUCAAAGAAUCUGCCAAGGAGAUCAAGGAGAUCACCUCGACCUCGCUUUUGUGGAUGAAGUGGGCGACUCGACUUAAGCCAGAACAACAACCGGAUCCCAAUGGGACGUCUAACAUCCACUCGGAGUCCAUCAAAUACGGCAUCCACAACUGGGCGCAGCACGGCAUCUGCGGCAGCGGCGUUCUGCUCGGCGUGGUCAAUUUCUACACCGACAGGCUCGGCACGCCCCCGUACGACCGGAUGGCCGCGCACGCGAUCUUGCUCACGGACCUGCUCGCAUCCGCCGAGGCCGAGGGCGUGACGUUCCAGCAGGCGGACAUUCUCGUCAUCCGCGCAGGGUUCAUAGGUCCAGUGUUGACGAGACGUUGUAGCGCGGGAAUCGACCACAGCGAGGACGCGAAACGGUUCCUUUGGGACACGCACUUCGCGGUCAUGGCGUCCGGCACGCCGACGACGGGGCCUCGGCGGGAUCGCGGGCUGCGGCGUGCUUAUGAAGCGUCAGACCACUAG